AUGACACUAAACACCCAGCAGGAAGCAAAGACCCCCCUGCACCGGCGAGCCAGCACUCCACUGCCCCUGUCCCCUCGGGGCCGCCAGCCCGGCCUCCUGAGCACAGCACCCUCCACUCAGUCCCAGCAUCCCCCGCUGGGCCAGUCCGCUUCCCUCAACCCUCCCGCCCAGAAGCCUUCACCUGCCCCUGACGACUGGUCCUCUGAAUCCAGCGACUCGGAAGGCUCCUGGGAGGCCCUCCACCGGGUGGUACUGCUCGGAGACCCCGGCGUGGGGAAGACCAGCCUGGCCAGCCUCUUUGCAGGGAAGCAGGAUCGGGACCUCCAUGAACAGCUGGGAGCUGCGGAAGAUGUGUAUGAGAGGACCCUCACGGUGGAUGGAGAGGACACCACACUGGUGGUCGUGGACACCUGGGAGGCUGAGAAACUGGAUAACAGCUGGAGCCAGGAGUCAUGCCUGCAGGUGGGCAGCGCCUAUGUCAUCGUGUACUCCAUCGCAGACAGAGGCAGCUUCGAGAGCGCCUCUGAGCUCCGCAUUCAGCUGCGGCGCACACAUCAGGCAGAUCAUGUGCCCAUCAUCCUCGUGGGCAACAAGGCGGACCUGGCCCGCUGCCGGGAAGUCUCUGUGGAAGAGGGUCGCGCCUGCGCCGUGGUGUUCGACUGCAAAUUCAUCGAGACGUCCGCCACCCUGCAGCAUAACUGCGGGCCCCACGGACGCCGCCGAGGAGAAGAGCGCCCCUGUCUGGAGUCCGCGUCGCGGGCCUUGCUUGCCCGCUGGCCUGGUGGCCGGGGCAUCGCCCAGCCAGAGCCUGGGACCCCUCUGCCCUGA